GGAAAUCUGGCACACGACCGCAAUUCUCAACUCUGCCGCACGGGACUAUACAGCUCUCGAUCGAUACAACGUAAGCUACCCACCCUCAGAACAGAACUCACCCACAUCGACAAACUGAGCAAGCCUCCCUACCUACUCGCUCCGCACAAGGGCCAACAGCAAUCACGAUAAUACCCUUUAGAACCUCCAGCAAAGAUCCGGUCGACCUUGCAGGAUGGGGAAACCAAGACUAAUCGUCAUCAUCCGACAUGCUCAAAGCGAAGGAAAUAAAAACAAAGCAAUCCACCAAACCGUACCAGAUCACCGCGUGAAAUUAACAAGUGAGGGAAUUCGCCAGGCAGCCGAAGCCGGGGAACGACUUCUGAAGCUCCUCCGCCCGGAAGACACCCUGCGAAUAAUCACCUCCCCGUACCUGCGUACUCGUGAGACUACCAACGGGAUACUAUCACAACUAUCUAGGCACCCUAGCGCAAGCAAGAUUAAGGUAUACGAGGAGCCACGGAUACGCGAGCAAGAUUUUGGCAAUUUCCAACCCUGCACGGCUGAGAUGGAGAGGAUGUGGCAUGAACGGGCAGCGUACGGACACUUCUUUUAUCGGAUUCCGAAUGGGGAAUCGGCGGCGGAUGCCUAUGAUCGUGUGAGUGGGUUUAACGAGAGUCUCUGGCGGCAGUUUGCCGAUGAAGACUUUCCCAGCGUUUUGGUGCUCGUUACGCAUGGACUUAUGACGAGGAUAUUUUUGAUGAAAUGGUACCAUUACUCGGUGGAAUACUUUGAAGAUCUUAAGAAUAUCGAUCAUUGUCAGUUUGUUCUUAUGGAGAAGAACCCUGUCACCGACAAAUAUGAACUCAAAACAGAAUUACGAACGUGGUCUGCAGAGCGUAAGAAAGAGGAAGAUAGACAACAGCCAGAAGGCGGCCCUUCAGCAAAAGACCUGAAAAAGCUGGAGGCAGCCGCGGCGUCAUUGGAAGUAAUCUACGGUGGUUGCGCCAACGGGUGCAGCCAUGGCAAGACCAACAAACUAAGGACAAACGCCUCGAGCGGCCUGGCUAGAUCUUCGAACGGAGAAGCUGAAAGCGUGACAACCCGGGCCCUCCGCAAUAAACUUGCGGUGCUGGAAGCCGGUCGCGACUUCGGCGGAAGUCGUAGCGGAGCAGGAAGCAGAACUGCUAGUGACGACGAAACCGGCAGUGCCGACGAGGAAAUGUCGAAGCCGUCGGACGUCCUUGCCCACUCGCAUAACGCGCAGAGUAGUGAACCUGCAAAGGCGCUCGAAGAUCUGAUACGAAGGGGCUCGCGGGACGAUGCGCGGGCGGAGUUACUAGGCGAUGUUGCGCAGGAGGAUGGUGGUGUAAGGUUGUGAGGAGGAAAGGUAUAUGGAUUGUCAUGUUUCGGCGUUUGCUGGUUGACUGAUUGAUGUGUAUGGGAUGGUUUGUGAGCAUGAGCGUGGUGGAAGUUUGUGGUGUUUUCUCUUUUUCCCCUUUAUUUUAUUUCACGUCUGAGCGAAGCACAGGCUAUUACUGUGUGGUAGGUACUGCAAUGGGGCCGGGCCUGAUUCAUUGCAUGUA